AUGAGAAGACGUUUCACUAGUCAAAAGAACACUAACGCAAAAGCAGAGAUUACGGUUGGUUAUAACGUAAAUGAUGAUAAAUCACGAAUUAUUCAAAAUGUUAAAGUUAAUGUUAGCCCCGAAUUAACAAGGUCAGCAACUCAACCAAAUUUAUUAACUCGUGACUUACCGAAGAAUGAGGAGAAUGAAGAAAACCAUGAGAAUGGAGACCCAAUCAUUUUAUCUGAACCCGGUAAAGAACCCGUUGAAAUUCCCACUUAUCCAACAUACCCCCCACCUCUUUCAUCAAACAUCGAGAACCCAUAUAAAAUAGACAUUAAUUCAGAAUUAAUGAAAAUUUACCGUGAUAUAAUAAUUAAUAAUUAU